AUGAGCAACGGUUCCUCAGUCACAGACCACAUCCCUCUUUCUAACGUUCUCAGUGCGCUGGGCACUUUGAUCGGAUACAUCGGGACCGAGGUAGCAACCGCAGAUCCCAUUGAUCGCCUACUAUGGCCCCGACGAGCUUUCCAGAACUUCUCAAUGCAGAAUGCCUGGAAAGUUGCCCUUUUCAUGCCUCUGGGGGGUCCUCUUCACAAGACGGCUCUUGAGACAAUGGACACAUUCGUCAAGCACGGCUUGUUUCAGGGGGAGCUCUGUGGUCAUAUGCUGGGUACCGCGUUUUUCCCCGACACAUACAUGACAUAUCAGUUGUAUCAAGACGGCUUGAUGAAGCGCGAGGCGAGCGUACGUAACGGUCUCUGGGUACGGGUGAUGGAUCAGAUCUCUUCACAUGCGCUCAAACCCUCCGUCAACAUGCAAGAGGCAGAGAUCAAAAAUGCAGAAGCGAGCUACACCCGAACGAUAACUCGACGCCAGGUGGUCACUGUCAGCUACCUACAACUUUCAGUGAUAGAACACCAACAUAUCUCCAGGCAGGGUCUCAAAGACCUGGUCGUGGAAAGUGACGUUGGCCCGGUGUCAUGGAAAAUCGUGUUGGCGAUUGUGACGACGGAGCUCACAGCGAUCGGGGUAGCACUUGCCGUUGUGCUAAUCUGGAGAUCGGCAUUCAUGAUCAUGUGGCUGAUCCCAUUGAUGCUGAAGCUACUUUGCGCAAUGUUCACUCUAUCGAGAGAAGACAUUAUGAUCCCGAGGCCCAUGGCGAAUUCAUGCGCGUCGGCUCCACCAUCAAAACAGGGUGACGGCCUCGAGAAUCCUGAGAACAUCAGCGUGACAAUACCCAUAUCGAGAGUUCUCGUCAAGAAUAAACAAGGACUUCAAGUUAUCAGUGGGCCAGAAAACCUGGUCAUGCAAUUUUUUCGACAUUAUGGCCAUCCUCGGCGAUGUCGAUGGAAAGAAAUCAUUGAAAUAGCUACCAUUGCCGCUUUGGGGCUCAAUUUUCCCUGUGGGCUGGUAUGCUCACUGAUUUGGAUGCCUGUCAGCCUUCAGUGUGUGUGGACUUUCUAUGCCCUUUAUGUCACUUGUGUGAUGUACAUUGCUCGAUACUCACAUGGGGCUUGGUGGGCGACGGCUGAAGAGCUACUCGCAGACAACUUUGUUCGGGCUGAGGAGAUGCCAGGCGAACCCGGAAUCAUACUGAAGACAGGAGAUGGGAAUGGCAUCAUGGCAAAGUUUACGCGGACUACACAUGAUUCCUAUGCUUGUGCACGUGACCAUGCGAUGCACCUGGUAGGAGCCUCGUCAAAGAGCACGCCAACAAAGCCAGCAGCAGCUUCGGAAAGGAAAAUAUCAGGAACGACAUUAUCAGAGAACUUGAGACCAGAGGAACUAAUAUCAGGGACACCGCUUUCGGAGAAGACCUCAUGCGAAGCCUGA